AUGAGAAUAGCUAGCGUGUCCGCCACAUCAACAGCUUUACUAUUGGUCUCCGUGGCCGUGGCAGACCUUGCCGGACUCUACGAACAAUGGACCAGCAACGAUCUCCAGCAAUAUUUGCAAGACCAGAAACAAACGCUCCAGAAAUCGGGCAAAGAAAACGCAGACGUGCUCCGCAAACACGCAGAGGCGCUCUACGCAAAACAAUCAACACCUACCCCAUGGUGGAAUUUCUGGUCCUCGCGUACCCGUGUAGCCGAUUUUGCCCAAAAUAAAGACCCCAUCUCGGAAUGGUUUUUCGACACGUGGUCCGCAAAGGAUCUGCGCAAGCUAUUGUCCAAGAGCAAAGUCAAAUUCAACUCCGACCUGUCGCGCGACGCAUUGGUGGCCAAGGCCAAAGAAAGCUUUGAACAGAUCAACUCCAAAAAUGAGUUGUCUGGCCUAUAUCCCUCGCAGCAGUAUUUCGCCAACUGGGAUGACUACGAUCUCAAAUCGUGGCUAGACGAGUUCCACGUGCCCUACGACAAGUCCAAGGCCAAGAAGGACGAACUCUUGGCUAAAGUGCGCGAGAAUAUCCACUCGGCAUCUCGCUACGCCAACGAUGAACGUCUCAACCUCUUGGAGCAAUUGGAUAUUGCAAACCAACAAGUUGUAGACAAGGCCGGAAAAGUCAAGGACCAAGUGUUCAACACCUGGUCCACGCGUGAGAUUGAAGACUGGUUGCAAAGCCACAAGAUCAAGCUCGAGGACCAUGCCGAAAACGAUCGCCAAUAUUUGUUGAACGUUGCCCAAAAAAACAAAAAAUACCUACAGGACGAUGCCAGCUGGUAUUUGGAAGCAGCCAAAAAUAAGGCUUCUCCUUUCUACGCCAAAUCGGAGGAGGCCGUAGCUUCUGUGUGGAGCCAGACCGCUAACAAAUGGCAGGAUUUCAAAAAUUAUUUCUCCCACAGCGACAACAUUGUGAACCACACUUUCUUGUUGGGUGUAGAGUCUUGGCCCAAGAAACGGUUGCGGGCAUUUUUAGACGCGCGUGGAGUCUCUUACUCGUGGUUCAGCACCCGUGCCGAGCUUUUGGAUUUGGUCAAGGAAUUCCGCAACCGUCCUUUGAAAAACUUGGCCACAUCGCCCGUUGUAGCCGAGUACUUUGAUGGCUGGUCCUUUGAGAAUCUCAAGGAGUGGGUCAAAGACAAGAAUGACGACAUAACCUCCAGCGAUGUUUACAAGGCUGCCAGCAGCAAAGUCAACGAUCUUCUAGUAGAAGGUCAACAUCAGGGCGAAAAUGCCUGGUUGUAUGCUCAGAAGAAGGGUGGCGAUGCCUCGGACUACGCUCAAUCAAAAGGUGCUGAAGCUGCUCGUGCCGCAACCGACUACGCAGCAGAAGCCGGAGCUGGAGCUGCCACAUACGCCAAGGAGAAGGGCGCUGACGCAUCUUCUUAUGCCAAAGUGAAAGGCACUGACGCCUCUUCCUACGCCAAGGACAAGGCCGCAGACAUCAAUUCUCGUGCUUCAUCGUAUGCGAAAGAUAAGGCUUCGGAAGCCGCUUCAUACGCGAAGGAGCAGGCUUCAAGUGCCUCUGACUACGCCAAAGAUAAGGGCGACGACGCUGCCGCGUACCUCAAGGACAAGGGUUCCGAUGCUUUGGAAUAUGCCCAGGAGAAAACUGCCGAUGCCGCUCAUGCUGCGCAUCAAAAGGGCCUCGAUGCUUACGACGCUGCCAGUGAAAAGGUUGACGAAUGGGCCACCUUGUUCUCCUCCUGGUCCACUGACGACUUGAGAAACUAUGCCAAAUCGUUUGGUAUCAAGACCGCGCCCACGACGCCAAGGGAGAGACUUGUUGAGCUAGUCAAAGAGAACACCCGCUGGUUCUUUGGCUAUUACCAGGAUCCUCUGUACAAAAGAGUUCCCAAGAAGAUCAGCAACAUAUUCUCCAACAGCUACCAGUACGUUUUCCAUCAUUGA